GCGCGUGCCAUAGAACAUUACCGUAAAAAUAGUGUUCGCUAAUAGUUUUGGUCAAUAUGGAUUUUUCUGACAGCAGCGGAGUGGACAGCGCGGUGCGGAGGGAACGGCCCGUGUCCAGACGGGGAUUCAGAGAAAGUAAUAGUGGUUCUGCUGUGUCAAGAAGUGGCAGCAUGCGUCCGGCCUCAGCGUAUCGCGGCGGGACAGCCUCUCGCCUAUCCACUGCUGCACUCGGUCCGGCCCCGCCGACAGCUGGCCGACAAUCCACGGCUAUGACUGGUUUUUCUAUGAUCGACCGGCCGAUAACCCAGCAGGGCAUCUCCGGGCUGCGCACGGGCACAGCCCGCGGUUUCCGAACCCGACAACUCCAGGACAAGCGUUACUGGGAAGAGCUGAUGCAAGUCAAAGUGAGAGAGAUGAAGGCUGAGAUCGCGCGGCUGAGCGAGCAAGCUGAUGCUGGGGAGAGGGAGAAGUCAGCGAAGAAACAUUAUGAGAAGAGGGUGAAGGAUUUAGCUCAAGAAUUAACUGAUCUGCAAGGUCGCCUGUCAGAUUACAAUACGGCCAUCCGCAUAGCCAACGGCGAAGCCUCGAAGCACUCAGUGGAAGAGCAGACCAGGGAACUGGAGCUCAGCAAUAAGAAACUGCAAGAGGAGGUGGAACAAGUGUUCCUGGAGAAGCAGAGGAAGGAGAAUCAGCUAAGGCAGUUGAGGGAACAGAUGGAGAAGGAGCAAUCAACAAUAUCAAAAUUAUUAUCUGAAAUGACUCCAGAGCAGAAGGAGCAGUACAACGAGCUGGAAGCUACGGCCGCAGCCUUGAGAGAAGAAGUUGAACAGUCCAGGACUCAGAUAGAUCUUUUGACUAAGGAAAAGGAUCAGUUCAGCAAGGAGAUUUCGGGAUCUCAGAUAAAACUUCAUUUGCUCGAGCUGUACCGACGAUUGGCAGCCGCCGAAGAAAAGCGAGACAAUCUAAAGAAUGAGAUGAAUAACCGCUUAGACCCACAGGAGGAAAGAGAGAAACUUCUGCAACAGGUGAGGGAAGACAACGCAUCAAUCCAAUCGCUGGACAGCAACGCUGCCAGCUUGAAGGAACAGAUACGGAAGGUUCAAGAACUGAUCGACGAGGCAGAACAGGACUUAGAGGAAGGUAACUCUGAGCGUCACCAGAAAUACAGAGAACUAAAGAAACGAGAGGAAACCAUGGACAAUUUCAUGUCAACUUACGAAGAAAACCUCAAAAAGGAACAAGACCGGAUCGAACAGCUGGAAAAAGACAUUGUUUUCGCUUUAGAACACAGCAGUUCUAAUAUUGACAUGGAUUUGAGUGAGCUGGACUCCUUGAAGCAAAAGGAAGGGUACACUUCAGUGUAUGAUGAGGGGAAGAAGUCGAUGGAGACUUUGAUGAAGGACUAUGAGAGGUUCCAGACUAAUUUGAAAAAGGCUGAAUCAACCCGCGAGCGCCUAGCAACCGAGCUCCAAACCCUACCAGAGAAAACCCUGGCCAUGGAAGAAGAACUCGUCACAUUAUCAGACCUGGAGAGGCUUCGUGAUGAAGGCGAGGAACAGAAGAAAGCACUAGAAACAGAAAUACGGGUGCUGAAAGAGAAGCUAGCGCCCACAGAGAGCGCGGUUACGGAGGCUGCUAGUAAACUGAAGAAAUUGCAGGAAAGCCUUGACGGCAAUGAAAUGUACGCCAAACUCAACAAACUAGAAGAUCAACUAGCCCAACUAGAAGACCGGAAGACCGUUCUAGAAGAAGACAUAGCUUCUAUAACGAUGAAGGGCGACUAUGAACCUAUAAAAAAGAAGGCAUUGGAAGAGCUGGCAGAGUUGAAUAAGAAGAUUAUUGAGGAUUUGAAUUCUGGGAAGUCUUAUUAGCUUUUAACGGCAAAGGUGAACGAAUUAAUAUAAUGACUAUUAGAACUAUUAAAACAGAAAUAAAAGAUAUAACACUAGCUCCGAAAAUCAAGAAAAUAUACAUUAUUUGUUACUGAAUCCGGGCACAUGGCAGCUGUUCAUCGGAAGAGAUAAAAAAGCUUCUCAGCAUAUAGUUUGAAAGACGCUAGAAAAAUGUUUCUGAAUUGGGUACUACCGAUCUAUUUUAUAACCGCUGGCCUAUCAUUCUGACGUCCACCGAUGAACAGCUGCCAGGGCCCUGGAUCAACUGGUUCAAAAAGAACACUGGAAGACCAUUCUAGAAGAAGACACAGCAUCUAUGUAUAACGAUGAAGGAUGAACUAAAAUAAACUAAAUAAUGAUUCUGAUUUAGAUAUCUGUAAGCAGCUUGUCGCCAAAAAUUGCAUGUCCACUUUAUGAAUGAAUUCAUUCAUGUGUCCAUCUAAUUUUGAAGCUCGUUGUAAUGUAGUACAUAUGGUGCUACUUUAUAGCACUAGUGCGAAAAUUAGCAUAUUAUGUUACUGUGUCGAACAUUUAAAGGGCCAUAUGUGCUGUAAAACGUUGUACGAUACAUGUGCAAAUAGGUAAUUCGCAACUCCUAUUUUUCGCACUUGUAUCGUAAUGUACUAUUACAGAAGAUAUGGUGCUAAUGCGCCCUAGUGCGGUAACUAGCACUAUACGUUACGUGCGUAUGUCGAAAAUAUAAAGGGCCAUUUGUACUGUAAAACGUUGUACAAUACACGUGCGAAAAGGUUCGUAACUCGUUGUGAAUUUCCUACUUUUCGCACUUGUAUCGUAAUGUACUAAUACUACACAUAUGUUAUUGUAAGGGUGAUUAAAUGACAAUAAAAUAUUACA